CGUAAAUGACGUCAUUUCGGGGGCAGUCCACCCCGUGGAGUAGUGAAACAAAAGAUCGUACAUUGUAGGCAAGGAAACAAAAUGCAGAAUCACGCUAUCAGAGAGUUCCGGGUUGUUCUGCCCAUGUCAGUAGAAAACUAUCAUGUAGGACAACUGUGGUCUGUAGCUCAAGCCAGCAAGAAUGAGACUGGAGGUGGGGAAGGCGUUGAGGUGGUGGUCAACGAACCGUUCGACGCCAAUACUAACAAGCCAGAGACAGACCUGAUUGCCAAUGGGCAGAAGUUUACUACUGGACAAUACACGCACAAAAUCUACCAUUUGUCACAGAAAGUCCCAGGGUUUAUAAGAUUGUUAGCCCCCAAAGGUUCCCUGGAGGUUCAUGAAAAAGCAUGGAAUGCUUACCCAUACUGCAGAACUGUUAUUACAAAUGACUACAUGAAGGAGAAUAUGUACAUCAUUAUUGAGUCAUUCCACUAUGCUGAUAACGGCAGUACAGAAAAUAUUCAUAACUUGAGUGGCAGAGAUUUGUCUAGCAGGACAGUUGUCAAAAUUGAUGUUGCUAACGAUAAAGUUCCGUCAAAGGACUACAAGCCUGAGUGGGAUCCCUGCAAGGUGCCUGCCCCUAAGUCAGGCCGUGGCCCUCUACCUCAAGACAAGACGGGCGAAUGGAUGAACGCUGUGAAGCCGGUCAUGUGCUGCUACAAGCUGGUCAAGGUUUGGUUCAAGUGGUUUGGCCUGCAGAAGAGGAUGGAGUCUUUCAUUUUGACGCAAGAGCAGCGUCUGUUCUUGAACUUCCACCGGCAGGUCGUCUGCUGGCAGGACAACUACCACGGCUCCACCAUAGAGGACAUCCGCAGGAUUGAGGCACAGACCAAGGAAGACCUGGAGAAGCAACGCCGAGAAGGUCCCAUCCGAGGCACAAUGGCGUCGGACAAGGACGACAAAUGAUGGGCUGCCGCGCCUAGGUCUAGCUGCGUAAUCUUAAUACCGCCCUCUCCCCUCCCCCGUUCUCUGUCGUGUUGCUACCAGUAUAGUUCUAUUUAUAUGAUUGUUUUAUGAUAUAAUAAUAGAUUUCUGUGUACACGUAUGUGUCAGAAAUUCAUGCAAACUCACAACUCUUAGACUUGUUCAUCAUCCUCGUAGCCUCUCAGUGUGCACCUCAUAACUCUAUUUGAUAUUUUGUUGUUGUUGUUGUUAACCUGACAUAGAUAGAGGGGAAAGGAAAGAGGGGAGGGGGGGAAUGGUGAGUGGGGCAGCGUUGUGAAUCCAAACUGGGAGAUGGAUGGUCAACUGAUGUAGAUGCUGUUUUGUGCCAUGAUAUUGAUAUCCAGUCUAGAAUUUUAACCAUGUAUCUGUUUGGCCCGAAGUCCACUUUGUGUUUUACCUCAUGGAGUAGAUUUUUUUCUCUGAUUUCCAGCUUAGGCAUAUAUACGUCUCUGUCCGUAUCAACACCAACAUGAAAGCUCCUACUUUGAUUUUGGUAUUCAGGGAGAGAUAUGUGAAUUGUAUGGUGAAUUUUUCGUAGAAACUGUUAAGUCUUUUCAGAAAUUGCAGACAGAUUUAAGAUUGGUGGAAGCAAAGAUGCAGCAAAUAAGUUGUAGAUGCUUUGUAAUCUUAGGGAUUAAAGAAGUAAAAAAUGUGUCUGUCUGGGUUUUCUUUUCUCACGUGAACAUAUAUCUUUGUGCUGCUUUUUCUCAUAUAUUAUCCAGUCUGCUUUUUGUAGAGUGUGUGUUGCAUUGCAUUAUGUGAACGACCAUCUCUAUUUACAGACCAAAUAUGGAUAUAAAAACUUGUUAAUGAUGAUGCGAAUGUGGUGGAAGAAGUGUGGACAGUUUAUUGCUGUAAGGGCAUUGUGUAAGCUUUUUCUUCUUCUGUGAGUUACUUUGGAAUUUUUACUUUUAGUUUUUGAAAUGGAACAGUAACACGAGUUGUGUUGUUGUAAGGUUCUUUUGCAUGAUGUGAUGCAAGAAAAGUUGUUAAUGAUGAUGAUAGGAUGGACUUGUUUAUGGCUUUGGGGGAGAAAAGUUUUUUUGAGAACUUCUUUAUAUUACUAGGGGGAUAGACAUUACUACUGUGAAGUUGAAGUAAAUUUUUAAAAAAUUUGUCAAAGACUUCAAUGUGAAGGUAUCUAAUGUUGUUAGGAGGGGGUGAGGGUGGGGAUGUUCCCACUGAGACCUGGAGGUUGAUACAUUUGUGUUGUCUUUUUAGAAACCGUGUACCAUUUCAUUUGUUUGUUUUGUUUGUGUUUACUUCUGCUUUACAAUUUUCAUUUUUGUUUCCAACUACUGUUUUCAAGAGGGGUGUGAGAGAAAUGUGUGAUGAUGAUGCGGUUGCUUGAGAGAUGACGUGCUACUGUCGGCUGUGUUGUGUGUUAUGACACUACACCUGGCCUCAGAGCGGUCUGUGUUUUAGUUGUAUCUUUGCUCAAGUGUCUGUUGUGAAUAAUGUUGUCCCCUCUUUCAUGUUAUGCGAAUCCUCAUCUGGGUCGUUGAUCUAUGCAGGCGGCUUUUUCUCUCUCGUGGUGAUCCUUCGCAGAAAAAAAAAAAAAGUAAUAAAAUGCGACAGAAGGUCCUGCCUUUGUCGAGAUAUCCAGGGGUGGACGUCUACAACAGAUGGUUUUCUCACACCGGACAUGAUGUUCUGUGUGGGAAAGAUGGGCCAGUGUUGCGUUGUGCUUAUUUUAGUUUUUAUAAAUGAUGGUAGAAAUUUCCCGUACAUGUGUUUGGCCUUCAUGUACUUGCUGGACAAGGCAAUUUGAACUUUGUUUUAUUUCCUCUUUGUCUUUAAUUUCUUUAAUUCACACCGCACUUGGAAAUGUCGAAUGUCGUCUCUUCUGAAUUUGUGUCGCCUGUCAAUCAUUCCGUUCCUGGAACUUUCCCCUUUGUUUCAGUGUACCCCUUUACUUUCUAAAUUUGGAUGACUUGUAGUUGGUGGUAGCCUUAAAAGUUUGGAGCAGGGUAUUCACUUAUAGGAAUGUGUGAAUGAAAUAGUGGACUGGACUGUGCCGGGUAGAGUAUCACAUAGUUUUAAUUUCCCCAUUUACCCUUUUCUUUGUAAAAACUUUUUUUUUUUAAUACCAAUUUUGUAUAAAGUCUGAUUUGCGAGACUUGUGCAUUUGCCGUAGCACAAUAAUUUUUUUUCCAUGUGUGCUUUUGUGUAAUGCUUUUUCUGUACUUUUUGUUGGAUGUAUUGACGAUGGUCUGAUAUGUGAUUUUGUGUCGCAUGUGCUCCAACAUGCACUUGUUUUCCUGUGAAAAUAAAUUACAUGUGCACAUGAGUCUAUUGUGUGUGCAUGCGUGAGUGAGUCAUCUGCUUUUGUGGACGGAGGAGACCUCUGGUUGUAUUGGUUCUUUAUACAAAGCCUGAAUCCGUGGCUUAUAGAUCCGUCUCCACGGAGAGUUUGGUUUGUCUGAUAGCAAACUGCAGUCAACAUUUCCCUCAUGGGUGUCAGGGAGUCUUUAUAAAGUUGAAGAGAAAACUGUGAUUGUUGUUUCUGUGCUUGUAGCUCUAGAUACUUGCGUCAUCAGAGUUCUGCUUGCCAUGUACGAGAUUUCCUUCUGGUUUGUUCACUCUGUUGUUGUUUGGUUCUUUUUUUUUUUUAAUUGUACGAAAUAACCUCAUAUAUAUAUUAUGAUUGUUGUGAAUGGAAAGUGGGAGUUUUAGUAGAGCCGAACAAGCGUGUAUGUGUGGGAGUCGUGGUCUAGUCGCUCAGAGCUGCCAAACGACUGUCUAUGUUUCAGGGGCAGUCUCAGAGUACGGGUUGUUGGAUUUAGUGUUUCUGAACUGAUUAAAGGAUGUGGAAUUUUUUACUGCCACAUAGUAAUGAUAGUGUUAUUAAAUAAACAGGGUUCGAAGGCUAUAUGUGUAUAACCAAAAAAAAAAA